CCCAUCCGUAUGGUCAGACUUUGUGCAGAGCAUAGUAAGCUCGUACGAAAUAACGGCGGGACAGUUGUGUCAUUCAUCGCCCAUCUCACGGAGACAAUGAACCACGGGUACGGGUCUAGACGUGUGGCGUUAGAGUUUGUACUUUCAUACAUACAACAACCACUAGUGAUAUCUCAGGGGUGCACAAGCUCACAUAGGAUGUGGCGAAGAAACUCGAACCACCAAAAUUGCACGGCCUGA